AUGAGGUGGUUUGGGGUCCUCGGGCUGGUGGCCCUUUCAGAAUGCUUAGUCACAAUCCCUCUGACAAGGAUCAAGUCCAUGCGAGAAAACCUCAGGGAGAAAGACAAGCUUCGCGAUUACCUUGAGAAGCAUCCUUACAACCUGGCCUACAAGUUUGGGGACUCUGCAGAUGUGGACCAGGGGAUAUAUUACGAACCCAUGAGGAACUACCUGGAUCUGGCCUACGUCGGCACCAUCAGCAUUGGAACGCCCCCACAGGAGUUCAAGGUCAUCUUUGACACAGGCUCGACGGACUUGUGGGUGCCCUCCAUCUACUGCACCAGCCCUGCCUGCUCUAAUCACAAUGUCUUCAACCCUCUGCUGUCCUCCACCUUCCGGGCCUUGGGAAAGCCCAUCCACAUCCAGUACGGCACUGGGAUGAUGUCAGGAUUUCUUGCUUAUGACAACGUUCAGUUCGGGGGCCUCGUUGAUGAAUCCCAGGGAUUUGGCCUGAGCCUGAAGGAACCCGGCAGGUUCAUGGAAUAUGCAGUCUUUGACGGCAUCCUGGGCCUGGGCUACCCCAGCCUUGGCCUCGGAGGGAUCACCCCCGUCUUCGACAACCUGUGGAAACAAGGUCUCAUUUCUGAGGAGCUCUUCGCCUUCUACUUGAGCAAAAAGGAGGAAGAGGGCAGCAUGGUGAUGUUCGGCGGUGUGGACCACUCCUACUACAGUGGAGACCUCAACUGGGUGCCCGUCUCCAGACCCCUCUACUGGCAGUUAACCAUGGACAGCAUCUCCAUGAACGGGAAGGUUAUUGCUUGUGAUGGUGGCUGUGAGGCCAUUAUUGACACUGGAACCUCGUUGCUGAUCGGCCCACCUGACGUUGUCUUCAACAUCCAGAAGAUCAUUGAUGCCAAGCAGUCCUACAGUGGCGAGUACAUGAUUAACUGUAACGCCAUCAACACUCUGCCUGACAUCGUCUUCACCAUCAACGGCGUGGACUACCCAGUGCCAGCCAGUGCCUACAUCCGGGAGGAUCACCAGGGCACCUGCUACAGCAACUUUGAUGAAGGCACAGGCGGCCUCUUGGUCUCGGACUCCUGGAUUCUGGGUGAUGUCUUCCUGAGGCUGUAUUUUACCGUCUUCGACCGCGCCAACAACACGAUUGGCUUGGCUCCGGCCGUGUAAAUGCAGGCGCUGCUUCAGGACGCAGCCACGCCCGCCCCGCACACGCGCGCGUGUGUGCACACACACACGCACUCACUCGGGGCAUUCCUGCCCCAGGGCCAGCCGGAGCUCCGUCUGGGGCUCUGCAAAGCCCGCUCUCAGAAGA